AUGGGAAGAGCCAAUAGUGUUCUUGUGGGUGAGAACUCUUCUAUCUUCGGGAAAAAGAUAGCCGGAAGUGAUGAUGAUGAAGAUGAUCGGGCAAAUGACGAAGGCGCUGCUGUUUUCAGUUCCUCUUGGUUACCAGGAACUAGUUCGGAGACCAAACCUUUGAAAGAAAAGAAGAAAAAAACAAAGAAAAGAAAGACAGAGCAGAAGGAAAAGGAAUCUGUAGACGAAGAUGUUGUAGAGGAUUUGGUUCUUAGUUCCGAUGAAGAAGCCCCUACGAGUGAUUCAGAAGUUCAUUCUACUAGUGACGACAAUGACGCCAACCCGGUGACUCCAAAUAAGCAACACAAGAAGAGAAAACCUUCAAAAUUUCAGAAGAAUAUACAACCUCGUAUGGAGAAGCCGAAGAAGAGGAAGCGAGUUAAAUCAUGAGACUUACAGGAGAAUCUAGAUAAUUGAUUUCACUGUUUUGACAUGGUUUUACAUAUUUUUAGUUCUUCAGUUCAUUAGUUCUCAAUCUAAAUGCCUCAUAGUUGGAUGAAGCAAAUUUUGUAGGGUAACUGAAUAAAUUACAUACAUGUAGAGGUCAGUAUGAUCAUAUAUACAUACAAUCUCAAGAUAGUUAAACUAUGAUCAUUUCACAAGUGAUGAAUCUGUUAUUUGCUCUA